AUGAAUGAAAGUGGCAACGACAGAGGAACUCAAGAAAACGGAAGCAAUGAAAACACCAACGAAAGUGGCAACAUAAAAAGCACUAACAAUGAGAGCACCAACAAAAGUGGCACUCAAGAAAGCAACGAGAGCACUAACGAAAGUGGCAACCAAGAAAGUAACGAGAGCACCAACGAAGGUGGCAACCAAGAAAGCAACGAGAGCACCAACGAAAGUGGCACUCAAGAAAGAAACGAGAGCACCAACGAAAGUGGCAAUCAAAAAAACAACGAGAGCACCACCAAAAGUGGCAACCAAGAAAGCAACGAGAGCACCAAGGAAAGUGGCAAUCAAGAAAGCAACGAGAGCACCAACGAAGUUGGCAACCAAGAAAGCAAUGAAAGCAGCAAUGAAAGUGGCAAGCAAGAAAGCACUGAGAGCACCAACGAAAGUGGCAACCAAGAAAGCACCGAGAGCACCAACGAAAGUGGAAACCAAGAAAGCAAUGAAAGCACCAACAAAAGUGACAACGAAGAAAGCACCGAGAGCACCAACGAAAGUGGCAACCAAAAAAGCAACGAGAGCACCAAAGAAGUUGGCAACCAAGAAAGCAAUGAAAGCACUAACGAAAGUGGCAUUCAAGAAAGCAACGAGAGCACCAAUGAAAGUGGCAACCAAGAAAGCACUGAGAGCACCAACGAAAGUGGCAACCAAGAAAACGAUGAAAGCACCAAGGAAAGUGGCAAUCAAGAAAGCACCGAGAGAACCAACAAAAGUGGCAACCAAGAAAGCAAUGAAAGCACCAACAAAAGUGACAACCAAGAAAGCACCGAGAGCACCAACGAAAGUGGCAACCAAGAAAGCAACGAGAGCACCAAAGAAGUUGGCAACCAAGAAAGCAAUGAAAGCACUAACGAAAGUGGCAUUCAAGAAAGCAACGAGAGCACCAAUAAAAGUGACAACCAAGAAAGCACCGAGAGCACCAACGAAAGUGGCAACCAAGAAAGCAACGAGAGCACCAAGGAAAGUGGCAAUCAAGAAAGCAACGAGAGCACCAAAGAAGUUGGCAACCAAGAAAGCAAUGAAAGCACUAACGAAAGUGGCAUUCAAGAAAGCAACGAGAGCACCAAUGAAAGUGGCAACCAAGAAAGCACUGAGAGCACCAACGAAAGUGGCAACCAAGAAAACAAUGAAAGCACCAACAAAAGUGACAACCAAGAAAGCACCGAGAGCACCAACGAAAGUGGCAACCAAGAAAGCACCAAGAGCACCAAGGAAAGUGGCAAUCAAGAAAGCAACGAGAGCACCAAAGAAGUUGGCAAACAAGAAAGCAAUGAAAGCACUAACGAAAGUGGCAUUCAAGAAAGCAACGAGAGCACCAAUGAAAGUGGCAACCAAGAAAGCACUGAGAGCACCAACGAAAGUGGCAACGAAGAAAGCAGCGAGAGCACCAACGAAAGUGGCAACGAAGAAAGCAAUGAAAGCACCAACAAAAGUGGCAACCAAGAAAGCACCAAGAGCACCAAUGAAAGUGGCUCUCAAGAAAGCAAUGAAAGCACCAACGAAAGUGGCACUCAAGAAAGAAACGAGAGCACCAACGAAAGUGGCAAUCAAAAAAACAACGAGAGCACCACCGAAAGUGGCAACCAAGAAAGCAACGAGAGCACCAAGGAAAGUGGCAAUCAAGAAAGCAACGAGAGCACCAACGAAGUUGGCAACCAAGAAAGCAAUGAAAGCAGCCAUGAAAGUGGCAAGCAAGAAAGCACUGAGAGCACCAACGAAAGUGGCAACCAAGAAAGCACCGAGAGCACCAACGAAAGUGGAAACCAAGAAAGCAACGAGAGCACCAACGAAAGUGGCAACCAAGAAAGCAAUGAAAGCACCAACAAAAGUGGCAACAAAGAAAGUAAAGAGAGCACCAACGAAAGUGGAAACCAAGAAAGCAACGAGAGCACCAACGAAAGUGGCAACCAAGAAAGCACCGAGAGCAUCAACGAAAGUGGCAACCGAGAAAGCAACGAGAGCACCAACGAAAGUGGCACUCAAGAAAGCAAUGAAAGCACCAACAAAAGUGGCAACAAAGAAAGCAACGAGAGCACCAAAGAAGUUGGCAAACAAGAAAGCAAUGAAAGCACUAACGAAAGUGGCAUUCAAGAAAGCAACGAGAGCACCAAUGAAAGUGGUAACCAAGAAAGCACUGAGAGCACCAACGAAAGUGGCAACGAAGAAAGCAGCGAGAGCACCAACGAAAGUGGCAACGAAGAAAGCAAUGAAAGCACCAACAAAAGUGGCAACCAAGAAAGCACCAAGAGCACCAACGAAAGUGGCAACCAAGAAAGCACCGAGAGCACCAAUGAAAGUGGCUCUCAAGAAAGCAAUGAAAGCACCAACGAAAGUGGCACUCAAGAAAGAAACGAGAGCACCAACGAAAGUGGCAAUCAAAAAAACAACGAGAGCACCACCGAAAGUGGCAACCAAGAAAGCAACAAGAGCACCAAGGAAAGUGGCAAUCAAGAAAGCAACGAGAGCACCAACGAAGUUGGCAACCAAGAAAGCAAUGAAAGCAGCCAUGAAAGUGGCAAGCAAGAAAGCACUGAGAGCACCAACGAAAGUGGCAACCAAGAAAGCAACGAGAGCACCAACGAAAGUGGCAACCAAGAAAGCAAUGAAAGCACCAACGAAAGUGGCACUCAAGAAAGCAAUGAAAGCACCAACGAAAGUGGCAACAAAGAAAGCAACGAGAGCACCAACAAAAGUGGUAACCAAGAAAGCAACGAGAGCACCAACGAAAGUGGCAACCAAGAAAGCAAUGAAAGCACCAACGAAAGUGGCACUCAAGAAAGCAACGAGAGCACCAACAAAAGUGGCACUCAAGAAAGCAAUGAAAGCACCAACAAAAGUGGCAACAAAGAAAGCACCGAGAGCACCAACGAAAGUGGCAACCAAGAAAGCAACGAGAGCACCAACGAAAGUGCCACUCAAGAAAGCAACGAGAGCACCAACGAAAGUGGCACUCAAGAAAGCAAUGAAAGCACCAACAAAAGUGGCAACAAAGAAAGUAAAGAGAGCACCAACGAAAGUGGAAACCAAGAAAGCAACGAGAGCACCAACGAAAGUGGCAACCAAGAAAGCACCGAGAGCAUCAACGAAAGUGGCAACCGAGAAAGCAACGAGAGCACCAACGAAAGUGGCACUCAAGAAAGCAAUGAAAGCACCAACAAAAGUGGCAACAAAGAAAGCAACGAGAGCACCAACAAAAGUGGUAACCAAGAAAGCAACGAGAGCACCAACGAAAGUGGCAACCAAGAAAGCAAUGAAAGCACCAACGAAAGUGGCAACCAAGAAAGCAAUGAAAGCACCAACGAAAGUGGCACUCAAGAAAGCAACGAGAGCACCAACAAAAAAAGCAACGAGAGCACCAACGAAAGUGGCAACCAAGAAAGCAAUGAAAGCACCAACGAAAGUGGCACUCAAGAAAGCAACGAGAGCACCAACAAAAGUGGCACUCAAGAAAGUAAAGAGAGCACCAACGAAAGUGGAAACCAAGAAAGCAACGAGAGCACUAACGAAAGUGGCAACCAAGAAAGCACCGAGAGCAUCAACGAAAGUGGCAACCGAGAAAGCAACGAGAGCACCAACGAAAGUGGCACUCAAGAAAGCAAUGAAAGCACCAACAAAAGUGGCAACAAAGAAAGCAACGAGAGCACCAACAAAAGUGGUAACCAAGAAAGCAACGAGAGCACCAACGAAAGUGGCAACCAAGAAAGCAAUGAGAGCACCAACGAAAGUGGCACUCAAGAAAGCACCAAGAGCACCAACAAAAGUGGCACUCAAGAAAGCAAUGAAAGCACCAACAAAAGUGGCAACAAAGAAAGCAACGAGAGCACCAACAAAAGUGGUAACCAAGAAAGCAACGAGAGCACCAACGAAAGUGGCAACCAAGAAAGCAAUAAAAGCACCAACGAAAGUGGCACUCAAGAAAGCAACGAGAGCACCAACAAAAGUGGCACUCAAGAAAGCAAUGAAAGCACCAACAAAAGUGGCAACAAAGAAAGCAACGAGAGCACCAACGAAAGUGGCAACCAAGAAAGCACCGAGAGCAUCAACGAAAUUGGCAACCGAGAAAGCAACGAGAGCACCAACGAAAGUGGCACUCAAGAAAGCAAUGAAAGCACUAAUGAAAGUGGCAUUCAAGAAAGCAACGAGAGCACCAACAAAAGAGACACUCCAGAAAGCAAUGAAAACACCAACGAAAGUGGCACUCAAGAAAGCAACGAGAGCACCAACGAAAGUGCCACUCAAGAAAGCAACGAGAGCACCAACGAAAGUGGCACUCAAGAAAGCAAUGAAAGCACCAACAAAAGUGGCAACAAAGAAAGUAAAGAGAGCACCAACGAAAGUGGAAACCAAGAAAGCAACGAGAGCACCAACGAAAGUGGCAACCAAGAAAGCACCGAGAGCAUCAACGAAAGUGGCAACCGAGAAAGCAACGAGAGCACCAACGAAAGUGGCACUCAAGAAAGCAAUGAAAGCACCAACAAAAGUGGCAACAAAGAAAGCAACGAGAGCACCAACAAAAGUGGUAACCAAGAAAGCAACGAGAGCACCAACGAAAGUGGCAACCAAGAAAGCAAUGAAAGCACCAACGAAAGUGGCACUCAAGAAAGCAAUGAAAGCACCAACGAAAGUGGCAACAAAGAAAGCAACGAGAGCACCAACAAAAGUGGUAACCAAGAAAGCAACGAGAGCACCUACGAAAGUGGCAACCAAGAAAGCAAUGAAAGCACCAACGAAAGUGGCACUCAAGAAAGCAACGAGAGCACCAACAAAAGUGGCACUCAAGAAAGCAAUGAAAGCACCAACAAAAGUGGCAACAAAGAAAGCACCGAGAGCACCAACGAAAGUGGCAACCAAGAAAGCAACGAGAGCACCAACGAAAGUGCCACUCAAGAAAGCAACGAGAGCACCAACGAAAGUGGCACUCAAGAAAGCAAUGAAAGCACCAACAAAAGUGGCAACAAAGAAAGUAAAGAGAGCACCAACGAAAGUGGAAACCAAGAAAGCAACGAGAGCACCAACGAAAGUGGCAACCAAGAAAGCACCGAGAGCAUCAACGAAAGUGGCAACCGAGAAAGCAACGAGAGCACCAACGAAAGUGGCACUCAAGAAAGCAAUGAAAGCACCAACAAAAGUGGCAACAAAGAAAGCAACGAGAGCACCAACAAAAGUGGUAACCAAGAAAGCAACGAGAGCACCAACGAAAGUGGCAACCAAGAAAGCAAUGAAAGCACCAACGAAAGUGGCAACCAAGAAAGCAAUGAAAGCACCAACGAAAGUGGCACUCAAGAAAGCAACGAGAGCACCAACAAAAGUGGCACUCAAGAAAGCAAUGAAAGCACCAACAAAAAUGGCAACAAAGAAAGCAACGAGAGCACCAACAAAAGUGGUAACCAAGAAAGCAACGAGAGCACCUACGAAAGUGGCAACCAAGAAAGCAAUGAAAGCACCAACGAAAGUGGCACUCAAGAAAGCAACGAGAGCACCAACAAAAGUGGCACUCAAGAAAGCAAUGAAAGCACCAACAAAAGUGGCAACAAAGAAAGCACCGAGAGCACCAACGAAAGUGGCAACCAAGAAAGCAACGAGAGCACCAACGAAAGUGCCACUCAAGAAAGCAACGAGAGCACCAACGAAAGUGGCACUCAAGAAAGCAAUGAAAGCACCAACAAAAGUGGCAACAAAGAAAGUAAAGAGAGCACCAACGAAAGUGGAAACCAAGAAAGCAACGAGAGCACCAACAAAAGUGGCAACCAAGAAAGCACCGAGAGCAUCAACGAAAGUGGCAACCGAGAAAGCAACGAGAGCACCAACGAAAGUGGCACUCAAGAAAGCAAUGAAAGCACCAACAAAAGUGGCAACAAAGAAAGCAACGAGAGCACCAACAAAAGUGGUAACCAAGAAAGCAACGAGAGCACCAACGAAAGUGGCAACCAAGAAAGCAAUGAAAGCACCAACGAAAGUGGCACUCAAGAAAGCAACGAGAGCACCAACAAAAGUGGCACUCAAGAAAGCAAUGAAAGCACCAACAAAAGUGGCAACAAAGAAAGCAACGAGAGCACCAACAAAAGUGGUAACCAAGAAAGCAACGAGAGCACCAACGAAAGUGGCAACCAAGAAAGCAAUGAAAGCACCAACGAAAGUGGCACUCAAGAAAGCAACGAGAGCACCAAUGAAAGUGGCAACCAAGAAAGCACUGAGAGCACCAAGGAAAGUGGCAACCAAGAAAACAAUGAAAGCACCAACAAAAGUGACAACCAAGAAAGCACCGAGAGCACCAACGAAAGUGGCAACCAAGAAAGCAACGAGAGCACCAAGGAAAGUGGCAUUCAAGAAAGCAACGAGAGCACCAAUGAAAGUGGCAACCAAGAAAGCACUGAGAGCACCAACGAAAGUGGCAACGAAGAAAGCAGCGAGAGCACCAACGAAAGUGGCAACGAAGAAAGCAAUGAAAGCACCAACAAAAGUGGCAACCAAGAAAGCACCAAGAGCACCAACGAAAGUGGCAACCAAGAAAGCACCGAGAGCACCAAUGAAAGUGGCUCUCAAGAAAGCAAUGAAAGCACCAACGAAAGUGGCACUCAAGAAAGAAACGAGAGCACCAACAAAAGUGGCAAUCAAAAAAACAACGAGAGCACCACCGAAAGUGGCAACCAAGAAAGCAACGAGAGCACCAAGGAAAGUGGCAAUCAAGAAAGCAACGAGAGCACCAACGAAGUUGGCAACCAAGAAAGCAAUGAAAGCAGCCAUGAAAGUGGCAAGCAAGAAAGCACUGAGAGCACCAACGAAAGUGGAAACCAAGAAAGCAACGAGAGCACCAACGAAAGUGGCAACCAAGAAAGCAAUGAAAGCACCAACAAAAGUGGCAACAAAGAAAGUAAAGAGAGCACCAACGAAAGUGGAAACCAAGAAAGCAACGAGAGCACCAACGAAAGUGGCAACCAAGAAAGCACCGAGAGCAUCAACGAAAGUGGCAACCGAGAAAGCAACGAGAGCACCAACGAAAGUGGCACUCAAGAAAGCAAUGAAAGCACCAACAAAAGUGGCAACAAAGAAAGCAACGAGAGCACCAACAAAAGUGGUAACCAAGAAAGCAACGAGAGCACCAACGAAAGUGGCAACCAAGAAAGCAAUGAAAGCACCAACGAAAGUGGCACUCAAGAAAGCAACGAGAGCACCAACAAAAGUGGCACUCAAGAAAGCAAUGAAAGCACCAACAAAAGUGGCAACAAAGAAAGCAACGAGAGCACCAACGAAAGUGGCACUCAAGAAAGCAACGAGAGCACCAACAAAAGUGGCACUCAAGAAAGCAAUGAAAGCACCAACAAAAGUGGCAACAAAGAAAGCAACGAGAGCACCAACGAAAGUGGCACUCAAGAAAGAAACGAGAGCACCAACGAAAGUGGCAAUCAAAAAAACAACGAGAGCACCACCGAAAGUGGCAACCAAGAAAGCAACGAGAGCACCAAGGAAAGUGGCAAUCAAGAAAGCAACGAGAGCACCAACGAAGUUGGCAACCAAGAAAGCAAUGAAAGCAGCCAUGAAAGCGGCAAGCAAGAAAGCACUGAGAGCACCAACGAAAGUGGCAACCAAGAAAGCACCGAGAGCACCAACGAAAGUGGAAACCAAGAAAGCAACGAGAGCACCAACGAAAGUGGCAACCAAGAAAGCAAUGAAAGCACCAACAAAAGUGGCAACAAAGAAAGUAAAGAGAGCACCAACGAAAGUGGAAACCAAGAAAGCAACGAGAGCACCAACGAAAGUGGCAACCAAGAAAGCAAUGAAAGCACCAACGAAAGUGGCACUCAAGAAAGCAACGAGAGCACCAAUGAAAGUGGCAACCAAGAAAGCACUGAGAGCACCAAGGAAAGUGGCAACCAAGAAAACAAUGAAAGCACCAACAAAAGUGACAACCAAGAAAGCACCGAGAGCACCAACGAAAGUGGCAACCAAGAAAGCAACGAGAGCACCAAGGAAAGUGGCAUUCAAGAAAGCAACGAGAGCACCAAUGAAAGUGGCAACCAAGAAAGCACUGAGAGCACCAACGAAAGUGGCAACGAAGAAAGCAGCGAGAGCACCAACGAAAGUGGCAACGAAGAAAGCAAUGAAAGCACCAACAAAAGUGGCAACCAAGAAAGCACCAAGAGCACCAACGAAAGUGGCAACCAAGAAAGCACCGAGAGCACCAACGAAAGUGGCUCUCAAGAAAGCAAUGAAAGCACCAACGAAAGUGGCACUCAAGAAAGAAACGAGAGCACCAACGAAAGUGGCAAUCAAAAAAACAACGAGAGCACCACGGAAAGUGGCAACCAAGAAAGCAACGAGAGCACCAAGGAAAGUGGCAAUCAAGAAAGCAACGAGAGCACCAACGAAGUUGGCAACCAAGAAAGCAAUGAAAGCAGCCAUGAAAGUGGCAAGCAAGAAAGCACUGAGAGCACCAACGAAAGUGGAAACCAAGAAAGCAACGAGAGCACCAACGAAAGUGGCAACCAAGAAAGCAAUGAAAGCACCAACAAAAGUGGCAACAAAGAAAGUAAAGAGAGCACCAACGAAAGUGGAAACCAAGAAAGCAACGAGAGCACCAACGAAAGUGGCAACCAAGAAAGCACCGAGAGCAUCAACGAAAGUGGCAACCGAGAAAGCAACGAGAGCACCAACGAAAGUGGCACUCAAGAAAGCAAUGAAAGCACCAACAAAAGUGGCAACAAAGAAAGCAACGAGAGCACCAACAAAAGUGGUAACCAAGAAAGCAACGAGAGCACCAACGAAAGUGGCAACCAAGAAAGCAAUGAAAGCACCAACGAAAGUGGCACUCAAGAAAGCAACGAGAGCACCAACAAAAGUGGCACUCAAGAAAGCAAUGAAAGCACCAACAAAAGUGGCAACAAAGAAAGCAACGAGAGCACCAACGAAAGUGGCACUCAAGAAAGCAACGAGAGCACCAACAAAAGUGGCACUCAAGAAAGCAAUGAAAGCACCAACAAAAGUGGCAACAAAGAAAGCAACGAGAGCACCAACGAAAGUGGCACUCAAGAAAGAAACGAGAGCACCAACGAAAGUGGCAAUCAAAAAAACAACGAGAGCACCACCGAAAGUGGCAACCAAGAAAGCAACGAGAGCACCAAGGAAAGUGGCAAUCAAGAAAGCAACGAGAGCACCAACGAAGUUGGCAACCAAGAAAGCAAUGAAAGCAGCCAUGAAAGCGGCAAGCAAGAAAGCACUGAGAGCACCAACGAAAGUGGCAACCAAGAAAGCACCGAGAGCACCAACGAAAGUGGAAACCAAGAAAGCAACGAGAGCACCAACGAAAGUGGCAACCAAGAAAGCAAUGAAAGCACCAACAAAAGUGGCAACAAAGAAAGUAAAGAGAGCACCAACGAAAGUGGAAACCAAGAAAGCAACGAGAGCACCAACGAAAGUGGCAACCAAGAAAGCACCGAGAGCAUCAACGAAAGUGGCAACCGAGAAAGCAACGAGAGCACCAACGAAAGUGGCACUCAAGAAAGCAAUGAAAGCACCAACAAAAGUGGCAACAAAGAAAGCAACGAGAGCACCAACAAAAGUGGUAACCAAGAAAGCAACGAGAGCACCAACGAAAGUGGCAACCAAGAAAGCAAUGAAAGCACCAACGAAAGUGGCACUCAAGAAAGCAACGAGAGCACCAACAAAAGUGGCACUCAAGAAAGCAAUGAAAGCACCAACAAAAGUGGCAACAAAGAAAGCAACGAGAGCACCAACAAAAGUGGUAACAAAGAAAGCAACGAGAGCACCAACGAAAGUGGCAACCAAGAAAGCAAUGAAAGCACCAACGAAAGUGGCACUCAAGAAAGCAACGAGAGCACCAACAAAAGUGGCACUCAAGAAAGCAAUGAAAGCACCAACAAAAGUGGCAACAAAGAAAGCAACGAGAGCACCAACGGAAGUGGCAACCAAGAAAGCACCGAGAGCAUCAACGAAAGUGGCAACCGAGAAAGCAACGAGAGCACCAACGAAAGUGGCACUCAAGAAAGCAAUGAAAGCACCAACAAAAGUGGCAACAAAGAAAGCAACGAGAGCACCAACAAAAGUGGUAACCAAGAAAGCAACGAGAGCACCAACGAAAGUGGCAACCAAGAAAGCAAUGAAAGCACCAACGAAAGUGGUACUCAAGAAAACAACGAGAGCACCAACAAAAGUGGCACUCAAGAAAGCAAUGAAAGCACCAACAAAAGUGGCAACAAAGAAAGCAACGAGAGCACCAACAAAAGUGGUAACCAAGAAAGCAACGAGAGCACCAACGAAAGUGGCAACCAAGAAAGCAAUGAAAGCACCAACGAAAGUGGCACUCAAGAAAGCAACGAGAGCACCAACAAAAGUAGUAACCAAGAAAGCAACGAGAGCACCAACGAAAGUGGCAACCAAGAAAGCAAUGAAAGCACCAACGAAAGUGGCACUCAAGAAAGCAACGAGAGCACCAACAAAAGUGGCACUCAAGAAAGUAAAGAGAGCACCAACGAAAGUGGAAACCAAGAAAGCAACGAGAGCACUAACGAAAGUGGCAACCAAGAAAGCACCGAGAGCAUCAACGAAAGUGGCAACCGAGAAAGCAACGAGAGCACCAACGAAAGUGGCACUCAAGAAAGCAAUGAAAGCACCAACAAAAGUGGCAACAAAGAAAGCAACGAGAGCACCAACAAAAGUGGUAACCAAGAAAGCAACGAGAGCACCAACGAAAUUGGCAACCAAGAAAGCAAUGAGAGCACCAACGAAAGUGGCACUCAAGAAAGCCUCGAGAGCACCAACAAAAGUGGCACUCAAGAAAGCAAUGAAAGCACCAACAAAAGUGGCAACAAAGAAAGCAACGAGAGCACCAACAAAAGUGGUAACCAAGAAAGCAACGAGAGCACCAACAAAAGUGGCACUCAAGAAAGCAAUAAAAGCACCAACGAAAGUGGCACUCAAGAAAGCAACGAGAGCACCAACAAAAGUGGCACUCAAGAAAGCAAUGAAAGCACCAACAAAAGUGGCAACAAAGAAAGCAACGAGAGCACCAACGAAAGUGGCAACCAAGAAAGCACCGAGAGCAUCAACGAAAUUGGCAACCGAGAAAGCAACGAGAGCACCAACGAAAUUGGCACUCAAGAAAGCAAUGAAAGCACUAAUGAAAGUGGCAUUCAAGAAAGCAACGAGAGCACCAACAAAAGAGACACUCCAGAAAGCAAUGAAAACACCAACGAAAGUGGCACUCAAGAAAGCAACGAGAGCACCAACGAAAGUGCCACUCAAGAAAGCAACGAGAGCACCAACGAAAGUGGCACUCAAGAAAGCAAUGAAAGCACCAACAAAAGUGGCAACAAAGAAAGUAAAGAGAGCACCAACGAAAGUGGAAACCAAGAAAGCAACGAGAGCACCAACGAAAGUGGCAACCAAGAAAGCACCGAGAGCAUCAACGAAAGUGGCAACCGAGAAAGCAACGAGAGCACCAACGAAAGUGGCACUCAAGAAAGCAAUGAAAGCACCAACAAAAGUGGCAACAAAGAAAGCAACGAGAGCACCAACAAAAGUGGUAACCAAGAAAGCAACGAGAGCACCAACGAAAGUGGCAACCAAGAAAGCAAUGAAAGCACCAACGAAAGUGGCAACCAAGAAAGCAACGAGAGCACCAAUGAAAGUGGCAACCAAGAAAGCACUGAGAGCACCAACGAAAGUGGCAACCAAGAAAACAAUGAAAGCACCAACAAAAGUGACAACCAAGAAAGCACCGAGAGCACCAACGAAAGUGGCAACCAAGAAAGCACCGAGAGCACCAAGGAAAGUGGCAAUCAAGAAAGCAACGAGAGCACCAAAGAAGUUGGCAAACAAGAAAGCAAUGAAAGCACUAACGAAAGUGGCAUUCAAGAAAGCAACGAGAGCACCAAUGAAAGUGGUAACCAAGAAAGCACUGAGAGCACCAACGAAAGUGGCAACGAAGAAAGCAGCGAGAGCACCAACGAAAGUGGCAACGAAGAAAGCAAUGAAAGCACCAACAAAAGUGGCAACCAAGAAAGCACCAAGAGCACCAACGAAAGUGGCAACCAAGAAAGCACCGAGAGCACCAAUGAAAGUGGCUCUCAAGAAAGCAAUGAAAGCACCAACGAAAGUGGCACUCAAGAAAGAAACGAGAGCACCAACGAAAGUGGCAAUCAAAAAAACAACGAGAGCACCACCGAAAGUGGCAACCAAGAAAGCAACAAGAGCACCAAGGAAAGUGGCAAUCAAGAAAGCAACGAGAGCACCAACGAAGUUGGCAACCAAGAAAGCAAUGAAAGCAGCCAUGAAAGUGGCAAGCAAGAAAGCACUGAGAGCACCAACGAAAGUGGCAACCAAGAAAGCACCGAGAGCACCAACGAAAGUGGAAACCAAGAAAGCAACGAGAGCACCAACGAAAGUGGCAACCAAGAAAGCAAUGAAAGCACCAACAAAAGUGGCAACAAAGAAAGUAAAGAGAGCACCAACGAAAGUGGAAACCAAGAAAGCAACAAGAGCACCAACGAAAGUGGCAACCAAGAAAGCACAGAGAGCAUCAACGAAAGUGGCAACCGAGAAAGCAACGAGAGCACCAACGAAAGUGGCACUCAAGAAAGCAAUGAGAGCACCAACAAAAGUGGCAACAAAGAAAGCAACGAGAGCACCAACAAAAGUGGUAACCAAGAAAGCAACGAGAGCACCAACGAAAGUGGCAACCAAGAAAGCAAUGAAAGCACCAACGAAAGUGGCACUCAAGAAAACAACGAGAGCACCAACAAAAGUAGCACUCAAGAAAGCAAUGAAAGCACCAACAAAAGUGGCAACAAAGAAAGCAACGAGAGCACCAACAAAAGUGGUAACCAAGAAAGCAACGAGAGCACCAACGAAAGUGGCAACCAAGAAAGCAAUGAAAGCACCAACGAAAGUGGCACUCAAGAAAGCAACGAGAGCACCAACAAAAGUGGUAACCAAGAAAGCAACGAGAGCACCAACGAAAGUGGCAACCAAGAAAGCAAUGAAAGCACCAACGAAAGUGGCACUCAAGAAAGCAACGAGAGCACCAACAAAAGUGGCACUCAAGAAAAAAGCACCGAGAGCACCAACAAAAGUGGCACUCAAGAAAGCAAUGAAAGCACCAACAAAAGUGGCAACAAAGAAAGCAACGAGAGCACCAACAAAAGUGGUAACCAAGAAAGCAACGAGAGCACCAACGAAAGUGGCAACCAAGAAAGCAAUAAAAGCACCAACGAAAGUGGCACUCAAGAAAGCAACGAGAGCACCAACAAAAGUGGCACUCAAGAAAGCAAUGAAAGCACCAACAAAAGUGGCAACAAAGAAAGCAACGAGAGCACCAACGAAAGUGGCAACCAAGAAAGCACCGAGAGCAUCAACGAAAUUGGCAACCGAGAAAGCAACGAGAGCACCAACGAAAGUGGCACUCAAGAAAGCAAUGAAAGCACUAAUGAAAGUGGCAUUCAAGAAAGCAACGAGAGCACCAACAAAAGAGACACUCCAGAAAGCAAUGAAAACACCAACGAAAGUGGCACUCAAGAAAGCAACGAGAGCACCAACGAAAGUGCCACUCAAGAAAGCAACGAGAGCACCAACGAAAGUGGCACUCAAGAAAGCAAUGAAAGCACCAACAAAAGUGGCAACAAAGAAAGUAAAGAGAGCACCAACGAAAGUGGAAACCAAGAAAGCAACGAGAGCACCAACGAAAGUGGCAACCAAGAAAGCACCGAGAGCAACAACGAAAGUGGCAACCGAGAAAGCAACGAGAGCACCAACGAAAGUGGCACUCAAGAAAGCAAUGAAAGCACCAACAAAAGUGGCAACAAAGAAAGCAACGAGAGCACCAACAAAAGUGGUAAACAAGAAAGCAACGAGAGCACCAACGAAAGUGGCAACCAAGAAAGCAAUGAAAGCACCAAUGAAAGUGGCACUCAAGAAAGCAAUGAGAGCACCAACAAAAGUGGCACUCAAGAAAGCAAUGAAAGCACCAACAAAAGUGGCAACAAAGAAAGCAACGAGAGCACCAACAAAAGUGGUAACCAAGAAAGCAACGAGAGCACCUACGAAAGUGGCAACCAAGAAAGCAAUGAAAGCACCAACGAAAGUGGCACUCAAGAAAGCAACGAGAGCACCAACAAAAGUGGCACUCAAGAAAGCAAUGAAAGCACCAACAAAAGUGGCAACAAAGAAAGCACCGAGAGCACCAACGAAAGUGGCAACCAAGAAAGCAACGAGAGCACCAACGAAAGUGCCACUCAAGAAAGCAACGAGAGCACCAACGAAAGUGGCACUCAAGAAAGCAAUGAAAGCACCAACAAAAGUGGCAACAAAGAAAGCAACGAGAGCACCAACAAAAGUGGUAACCAAGAAAGCAACGAGAGCACCAACGAAAGUGGCAACCAAGAAAGCAAUGAAAGCACCAACGAAAGUGGCAACCAAGAAAGCAACGAGAGCACCAACAAAAGUGGCACUCAAGAAAGCAAUGAAAGCACCAACAAAAGUGGCAACAAAGAAAGCAACGAGAGCACCAACAAAAGUGGUAACCAAGAAAGCAACGAGAGCACCUACGAAAGUGGCAACCAAGAAAGCAAUGAAAGCACCAACGAAAGUGGCACUCAAGAAAGCAACGAGAGCACCAACAAAAGUGGCACUCAAGAAAGCAAUGAAAGCACCAACAAAAGUGGCAACAAAGAAAGCACCGAGAGCACCAACGAAAGUGGCAACCAAGAAAGCAACGAGAGCACCAACGAAAGUGCCACUCAAGAAAGCAACGAGAGCACCAACGAAAGUGGCACUCAAGAAAGCAAUGAAAGCACCAACAAAAGUGGCAACAAAGAAAAAAGCACCGAGAGCAUCAACGAAAGUGGCAACCGAGAAAGCAACGAGAGCACCAACGAAAGUGGCACUCAAGAAAGCAAUGAAAGCACCAACAAAAGUGGCAACAAAGAAAGCAACGAGAGCACCAACAAAAGUGGUAACCAAGAAAGCAACGAGAGCACCAACGAAAGUGGCAACCAAGAAAGCAAUGAAAGCACCAACGAAAGUGGCACUCAAGAAAGCAACGAGAGCACCAACAAAAGUGGCACUCAAGAAAGCAAUGAAAGCACCAACAAAAGUGGCAACAAAGAAAGCACCGAGAGCACCAACGAAAGUGGCAACCAAGAAAGCAACGAGAGCACCAACGAAAGUGCCACUCAAGAAAGCAACGAGAGCACCAACGAAAGUGGCACUCAAGAAAGAAAUGAAAGCACCAACAAAAGUGGCAACAAAGAAAGUAAAGAGAGCACCAACGAAAGUGGAAACCAAGAAAGCAACGAGAGCACCAACGAAAGUGGCAACCAAGAAAGCACCGAGAGCAUCAACGAAAGUGGCAACCGAGAAAGCAACGAGAGCACCAACGAAAGUGGCACUCAAGAAAGCAAUGAAAGCACCAACAAAAGUGGCAACAAAGAAAGCAACGAGAGCACCAACAAAAGUGGUAACCAAGAAAGCAAAGAGAGCACCAACGAAAGUGGCAACCAAGAAAGCAAUGAAAGCACCAACGAAAGUGGCACUCAAGAAAGCAACGAGAGCACCAACAAAAGUGGCACUCAAGAAAGAAAUGAAAGCACCAACAAAAGUGGCAACAAAGAAAGCAACGAGAGCACCAACAAAAGUGGUAACCAAGAAAGCAACGAGAGCACCAACGAAAGUGGCAACCAAGAAAGCAAUGAAAGCACCAACGAAAGUGGCACUCAAGAAAGCAACGAGAGCACCAACAAAAGUGGCACUCAAGAAAGCAAUGAAAGCACCAACAAAAGUGGCAACAAAGAAAGCACCGAGAGCACCAACGAAAGUGGCAACCAAGAAAGCAACGAGAGCACCAACGAAAGUGGCACUCAAGAAAGCACUGAGAGUACCAACGAAAGUGGCAACAAAGAAAGCACCGAGAGCACCAACGAAAGUGGCAACCAGGAAAGCAUUGAGAGCACCAACGAAAGUGGCACUAAAGAAAGCAACGAGAGCACCAACGAAAGUGGCAACCAGGAAAGCAUUGAGAGCACCAACGAAAGUGGCACUAAAGAAAGCAACGAGAGCACCAACGAAAGUGGCAACCAAGAAAGCAACGAGAGCACCAAUGAAAGUGGCAACCAAGAAAGCAACGAGAGCACCAAUGAAAGUGGCACUAAAGAAAGCAACAAGAGCACCAACGAAAGUGGCAACCAAGAAAGCAACGAGAGCACCAACGAAGUUGGCAUUCAAGAAAGCAAUGAAAGCACUAACGAAAGUGCCAUUCACGAAAGCAACGAGAGCACCAACGAAAGUGGCACUCAAGAAAGCAAUGAAAGCACCAACGAAAGUGGCACUCAAGAAAGCAACGAGAGCACCAACAAAAGUGGCACUCAAGAAAGCAACGAGAGCACCAACGAAAGUGCCAACCAAGAAAGCAACGAGAACACAAAUGAAAGUGGCACUCAAGAAAGCAACGAGAGCACCAACGAAGGUGGCAACCAAGAAAGCAACAAGAGCAUCAACGAAAGUGGCAACCGAGAAAGCAACGAGAGCACCAACGAAAGUGGCACUCAAGAAAGCAAUGAAAGCACCAACGAUAGUGGCAACAAAGAAAGCAACGAGAGCACCAAUGAAAGUGGCGACCAAGAAAGCAACGAGAGCACCAACGAAAUUGGCAACCAAGAAAGCAAUGAAAGCACUAACGAAAGUGGCACUCAAGAAAGCAACGAGAGCACCAACGAAAGUGGAACUCAAGAAAGAAACGAGAGCACCAACAAUAGUGGCAACCAAGAGAGCAACGAGAGCACCAAUAAAAGUGGCAACCAAGAAAGCAAUGACAGCACUAACAAACGUGGCACUCAAGAAAGCAACGAGAGCGCCAAUGAAAGUGGCAACCAAGAAAGUAAAGAGAGCACCAACGAAAGUGGAAACCAAGAAAGCAAUGAAAGUACCAACAAAAGUGGCACUCAAGAAAGCAAUGAAAGCACCAGAGAAAGUGGCAACAAAGAAAGCAACAAGAGCACCAACGAAAGUGCCAACCAAGAAAGCAACGAGAGCACCAACGAAAGUGGCACUAAAGAAAGCAACAAGAGCACCAACGAAAGUGGCAACCAAGAAAGCAACGAGAGCAUCAACGAAAGUGGCAACCGAGAAAGGAACGAGAGCACCAAUGAAAGUGGCAACCAAGAGGGUAGCAAGAGCACAGUUGAAACCACAAGAGAUGAAAGCUGUGAAGAAGAUGGACCAGCUGACACUGGUUGUUGGACUGAGUGGUUUGACAGAGAUGAUCCAACUGACACAGGAGACUGGGAAACUCUUGAAAAUCUGUACAUUGAAAAUCCUGGAAAGAUCUGCAAUGAGCCCCUUUGGAUUGAAGCAAAGACAACAUCAGAUAUGAGCCCGGAUUCAGUUGGAAAUCUCGUCGUCAAGAACAACCCUGUGUCUGGCUUUGUUUGUUUGAAUAAAGAUCAGAAAGGCUGCAAAUGCCACGAUUACAAAGUCCGCUUCAUGUGUCCUGUAGAAUUCUGCAGUCAGAAAGUGUGCUGGACUCAGUGGUUCAACCGUGACAACCCCAAUGGGAUCGGAGAUUGGGAGAUUCUUAGCAACUUGAGAAAAGAGAAUCCAGGAGAAAUAUGCGAAAGUCCUCUGUACAUUGAUGUCAAGUCUGUGAACACAAAUACUCCUGCUGAUUACACUGGGCAAACAUUUUUCAAAUACAGUAUUACUGAAGGCUUUGUUUGCCUCAACCGAGAUCAACAAGGACGCCGCUGCCUCAACUACAAGAUCCGCUUUGGCUGCCGCUGCGACGUCGUCUAG